GCCCGGCCUUCCCGCUCCCGCGGAGCUGCAACUCCGCGGAGCCUCCUUAAAAUUCUGCCGUUAAAAUGGGGGCGGGUUUUUCAACUCAAAAAGCGCUCAAUUUUUUUCUUUUCAAAAAAAGCUGAUGAGGUCGGAAAAAAGGGAGAAGAAACCGGCACCGUCUCUGCAACGGCAACAGAGGCAGCAAUUGUUUGAGCGAAAAAGAAGCAAAGAAAGGAGAGAAGAAAAAGAGCAAAAAGGGGGACACUCUCAAGUGUCUAUAGGAGUGAAGGGAGCAGGGACCGGCGAUUUUGGGGAGACCAGCUACAAAAGAAACUGUCACUGAGAGCGCUGCGGCUCGGAAGGAAGCUGUACUACCCAGUUGGGUUCGAGGUCACAGCUGGCUGGUGGCCGCUGUCCUGCUGGUGAAACGAGCUGGGAGCAGAAGCCGGGGGACCGCGAGAGGUUGGCGAAGUGGCACGGGUCGCCAAAGCUACUGGGAUCUCGCCGAAAGGGCAGCGGGACUGGCAGCGUCUAGGGAUUGUAGUGACUCCCCACACUCGGAGCUUGGCCCGAUCUUCUCGGGACCCUCCCGAUCUCCGGAGGCCCUCCGAAAACCGGCGGCGGCAGCUCAUUGAGCGUCUACAGUAGGAAGUCUGAACUGGCUCGGUCGUAGGCGGGAAGUUACCGGUGGGCUGCCCGGUGCAGCCGCGAUGCUGCCAGGCUCUGCCCUAGCAGCCCGAGCUCCAUAGACGCUUCCCGCAUCGCUCUCCCUCCCUCUAGCUGCUGGAGGUCCCGCAACCCGGUGGGGUCGGAAUGACCCGCUUGCCCCAGGCCCGCUGGGCGCCCGGCGGUCUCCGAAGGCGCGCGCCGAGACUGGCUCCCACAGCCUCUGAGGCUCGGCGGGGCUGCGGUGGCCCGGCGGGCGGGCUCCGGAGCCUUCCCGCGCGGCGUUAGCCCGCGGCUCGGCCCGGACGCAAAUUAAGGCUCCUCCAGAGAAGCCGAGGCCACUGAGGAGUCGUUACGACCUAUAACUUGAGGGCCACGGAACUACUACUCCCGUUUGCCUUUGGCGAUCAUCUUUAACCCCCGGAGUACGUCAGCAUCCAGCUACAGCUGCGCUCUCCCAACAGCGGAGGACUGAGGACUACCCCUUCGGGCGUGACGGAUGGAGACCGAGCCUCUCCGAGGACCUGCCCCUGCAGUUCUGGCUCGUGCGGCUCAAGUCACCACCGUGAACAAGGGACCCUAAAGAAUGGCCGAACCUUGGGGGAACGAGUUGGCGUCCGCAGCUGCCAGGGGGGACCUAGAACAACUUACUAGUUUGUUGCAAAAUAAUGUAAACGUCAAUGCACAAAAUGGAUUUGGAAGGACUGCGCUGCAGGUUAUGAAACUUGGAAAUCCUGAGAUUGCCAGGAGACUACUACUUGGAGGUGCAAAUCCCAAUUUGAAAGACGGAACUGGUUUCGCUGUCAUUCAUGAUGCUGCCAGAGCAGGUUUCCUGGACACUUUACAGACUUUGCUGGAGUUUCAAGCUGAUGUUAACAUCGAGGAUAAUGAAGGGAACCUACCCUUGCACUUGGCUGCCAAAGAAGGUCACCUCCCGGUGGUGGAGUUCCUUGUGAAGCACACCGCCAGCAAAGUGGGGCAUCGGAACCAUAAGGGGUACACCGCCUGCGACUUGGCCAGGCUCUACCGGAGAAACGAGGUCGUUAGCCUGAUGGAGGGAAACCCGGCGGAGGGAGCUGAGAACCUACAAUGAAUGUGGGGAGGGGUCUCCCAUACUGCCUUCUAUUUUGUCAGUUAAAUGGUUGGCUGUCCAAUUUUAAUAUCAUGCUAAAAUUCAGUUUUGUCAUAUUUUAAACAGCUUUUUAAAUCUUCUGAAACUGCUAAAUGGAAAUCUUACUGCAGGUUUACGAAUAUAUUUAAGCAACAUCUUUUCCAUCAACAAAAUCUUAGGUUCUAACAUGUAAUUGCAAAUAGCUUUGUCUUAUUAUUUUAUCUUUCCUUGACUUUUUCCUUGCUUCUCUCUUUGCCAGUCUCAAUACCCAACUUGGAGACUUUGUUUUAAAAAUGGGUUGUCUUAUGCUUCUUUUGCCUUAAUAAAACACUUUUGCAGAACAGGA